GAAAUCAUGGCAGGUCCAGAACAUGAUGCCCAGUUCCAGUUCACUGGCAUCAAAAAGUAUUUCAACUCUUACACUCUCACAGGUAGAAUGAAUUGUGUACUGGCCACAUAUGGAGGCAUUGCUAUGCUUAUCUUGUACUUCAAGUUAAGGUCUAAAAAAACGCCAGCUGUGAAAGCAGCAUAAGUGGAUUUUACAGUGUCUGACCUCAUCUGUUAAGUCCCAUGCCUGGAGGAGCUAAUAUCAACUCAUCAUGUAA